AUGGACUGGGGAGUGCUGGAAAGCAGCUGCAGCAGCAGGCACAAGCGGGGUUGCGAUUCAGGUUCAGGCAUCAAGAUCAGCGUCGGCCUGGGUGGUGUCAGCAGUGAGCUGUGCGCGGCGCACGCCCCAGAAGGCGGGCGGGUUGAGGCCGCGGCGCACAGCAGUGAAGCGCCAGCCCACGUGCAUGCCGCAACGCCCACAGUGUGCUAUGGUCCACGCGUACCUGCGCCAGUGCCAGAGGGUGGGGAGCGGUGGGGCGGUCAGUUUGAGGGGAGUGGCGUGUGGUGCAUGGAGAGAGGAUGGAACAAGGACGAAGGAGAUGCAGCAUUGGUACAUGGGGUUCAACACGAUGGAGUGCUGUAUGAUGCUGUGCUGUGCGAUGCUGUGCUGUGCGAUGCUGUGCUGUGCGAUGCUGUGCUGUGCGAUGCUGUGCUGUGCGAUGCUGUGCUGUGCGAUGCUGUGCUGUGUGAUGCUGUGCUGUGUGAUGCUGUGCUGUGCUUUGCGAUGCUGUGCUGUGCGAUGCUGUGCUGUGCGAUGCUGUGCUGUGCGAUGCUGUGCUGUGCGAUGCUGUGCUGUGCGAUGCUGUGCUGUGUGAUGCUGUGCUGUGCGAUGCUGUGCUGUGCGAUGCUGUGCUGUGCGAUGCUGUGCUGUGCGAUGCUGUGCUGUGCGAUGUUGUGCUGUGCGAUGCUGUGCUGUGCGAUGCUGUGCUGUGCGAUGCUGUGCUGUGCGAUGCUGUGCUGUGCGAUGCUGUGCUGUGCGAUGCUGUGCUGUGCGAUGCUGUGCUGUGCGAUGCUGUGCGAUGCUGUGCUGUGCGAUGCUGUGCUGUGCGAUGCUGUGCUGUGCGAUGCUGUGCUGUGCGAUGCUGUGCUGUGCGAUGCUGUGCUGUGUGAUGCUGUGCUGUGCGAUGCUGUGCUGUGCGAUGCUGUGCUGUGCGAUGCUGUGCUGUGCGAUGCUGUGCUGUGCGAUGCUGUGCUGUGCGAUGCUGUGCUGUGCGAUGCUGUGCUGUGCGAUGCUGUGCUGUGCGAUGCUGUGCUGUGCGAUGCUGUGCUGUGCGAUGCUGUGCUGUGCCAUGCUGUGCUGUGCGAUGCUGUGCUGCGCGAUGCUAUGCUGUGCGAUGCUGUGCUGUGCGAUGCUUUGCUGUGCGAUGCUGUGCUGUGCGAUGCUGUGCUGUGCGAUGCUGUGCUGUGUGAUGCUGUGCUGUGUGAUGCUGUGCUGUGCGAUGCUGUGCUGUGCGAUGCUGUGCUGUGUGAUGCUGUGCUGUGCGAUGCUGUGCUGUGUGAUGCUGUGCUGUGUGAUGCUGUGCUGUGUGAUGCUGUGUUGUGUGAUGCUGUGCUGUGCGAUGCUGUGCUGUGUGAUGCUGUGCUGUGUGAUGCUGUGCUGUGUGAUGCUGUGCUGUGUGAUGCUGUGCUGUGUGAUGCUGUGCUGUGUGAUGCUGUGCUGUGUGAUGCUGUGCUGUGCGAUGCUGUGCUGUGCGAUGCUGUGCUGUGCGAUGCUGUGCUGUGCGAUGCUGUGCUGUGCGAUGCUGUGCUGUGUGAUGCUGUGCUGUGUGAUGCUGUGCUGUGCUGUGUGAUGCUGUGCUGUGAGAUGCUGUGCUGUGCGAUGCUGUGCUGUGUGAUGCUGUGCUGUGCUGUGCGAUGCUGUGCUGUGCGAUGCUGUGCUGUGCGAUGCUGUGCUGUGCGAUGCUGUGCUGUGCGAUGCUGUGCUGUGUGA